AUCACACUGUUCUCGCCUUUUCAUCUUCGCUUAUUCCUCAAUUUUCUCUUUCAAUUAUUACAAAAAAAAAAAUCUAUAUCCAUAUCCCUAAUUCGCAUUCAUUUUUCUCAGAUAAAUUUCACAUGUUCUUACUAGAUUUUGUUCCCUUUCGUAUUUAUUCCUCAUCAAUAUGUAAUAAUUUCACAAAAAAUUCAUUUCUCUGUUAUGGGUGAACUGGGUGGUUUCGGUGAGUGGAGCAAAGAGCAAGAUAUGGCAUUUGAAAAUGCGUUGGCGAAUUAUCCUGAGGACGCUGUGGAUCGAUGGGCGAAAAUUGCGGCAGUUGUAGCUGGGAAAACUUCGGAAGAGGUUAAGCGUCACUAUGAGGUUUUGGUUGAGGAUGUCAGCCUCAUUGAAUCUGGUUAUGUGGCUUUACCGGGUUAUGAUUCUCCUCCGGAGGCGGAGAGAUCAACAAAGCGUGCUCGUGGAAAAGGAGUUGUCAAGAAGGGAGCUAGUGGGUCAAAACCUGAGCCAGAACGGCGAAAGGGUAUUCCUUGGACCGAAGAGGAACACAGGUUAUUUCUUAUAGGCUUGGAGAAGUAUGGAGAUGGUGACUGGCGGAGCAUAUCAAGGAGAUGUGUGGUGACAAGAACACCUACACAAGUUGCUAGCCAUGCUCAGAAAUACAAAAUUCGUCUGAAAUCAAUGAAUGAGAGGAAAGACAAAAGAAGGCGAUCCAGCAUACAUGAUAUCACCCUUGAGAAAAGUGUAGACAUUCCAGGACCUCAAGUACCAAUUACUGGUCAAUCAAGCGAUCCUGCAGCAAGUUCGGCCGGAGAAUCAGCCACACAAGUUCCUCCAGGCCCAGCUACUGAAAUGAUUGCUGCAGCUGCACCUGCACCUGCACCUGCUGGAAUGAAUGCUGCAGCCCCACCUGCUGAAAUGAAUGCUGCAGCCGCACCUGCCGGAAUCAGAACUUUAGAUAUUCCUCCGGCCCCACCUGCCGGAAUCAGAACUGUUGAUAAACUUCCUGCCCCACCUGCCAAAGUUUGUGCUGCUCCUGGGAUCUGGCAACCUGUAGGAGGACCGGUUGUAUCUGCAGAUGGCACUCCAGUGAAUCAAACUGCUUCUGGUCACACGGCAUAUGGUCAUAUGCCGGUUUCUGGGACAGCUAUUCAAGAGGCACCAAUGAACUUUAGUUCUCUGAAAUAUCUCAUGAAACAUACAUCUACUCGCUCGUGAAGAGCUGAUCAGAAGUACAUCAAAUACAUACAUAGAAACAGAAGUCAAAUUAUAGUUACUUUUAUUUCUAUAUUGUUCCUUAUGUACAAGCUAGUGUUUUCUAUUCAAUCAAUGAUUCAAAUAAGAGAUUGAAUAUUUAACAUCCUUGGCAUAGGAUAGCAUGCAAAUAAGUUUAUGUUGUAGAGAUAUAGAUUGUUAUAGACAGUCAUACAAAGUGAUUUGUUGUGAUUUAGAGGAAGUUUCUUUGACCUUAAAUUUUGAAGGUUUUAUUAUUAUUAUUAUUAGGAAAUAAAGUAUUUCAAUAGUGAACUUGAAAAGGAUUUGGGUUUUCUGGUCCCUACAAAUGUAGAAGGCUGAUCUCAAACAGUUGGAAUU